AGAAUAGAAACUAACCAAUCGCGCGUCGAGGAGAGCCGCUGCCCGCCUGUGCGGACUGGGAUAUUAAAAGCACGCGGGCGGACGCGGCGUAGGCUCAUUUGGCGGAGACAAAGCGAACGUGGGGAGCGGAGGCUGUAAGGAUUUUCAUAGGUUAGUCUUGUGCCAGCUGUUAAACAUGAGUUCAUCCAGUCGAGUUUUCAUUGCGCGCCUGGGGCCACAUGUCAGGACCAAGGAUGUGGAGAAGUUUUUCAAGGGCUACGGAAAGAUCCGAGACAUUGACAUCAAAGCAGGGUUUGGGUUUGUGGAAUUUGAUGAUUGCAGAGAUGCAGAUGAUGCAGUCAGUGACCUGAAUGGCAGGGAGCUAAACAAUGAAAGAAUGACAGUGGAACACGCUCGUGCUCCCCGGGCUCGCGGAGACCGCAUGGACACGUUCGUGCGCCGGCCCUCGGGCCCUCCGCCCACCUACCGCCCUCGUGGAGGAGGCGGAGGAGGAGGAGGACCAUCGUCCAGCUCUGCCAGUAGUGGUGGCAGAUAUGGACCUCCAAGCAGGACCGAUCAUCGCCUGGUUGUCGAGAACCUGUCUUCUACUGUCAGUUGGCAGGAUUUGAAGGACUACAUGAGGCAGGCUGGCGAGGUCACCUUUGCUGAUGCUCACAGGAUUCAUCAAAAUGUUGGAGUGGUGGAAUUUGCUACAAGAAAUGACAUGAAGAAUGCUAUUGACAAGCUUAAUGGAAAGGAGAUUAAUGGAAGAAAAAUAAAGCUUGUUGAAGAAAACAAACGCAAGAGCUCUCGUAGCCGCUCCCGCUCGAGCAGAUCUUCCCGGUCUGAUAGCCGCUCCCGGUCGCGCUCCCGCAGCUCCUCGCGCUCCCGCAGUCCCCGACCAUCCCGUCGCUCCCCACCAACCCGGCGUUCCCGGAGCCCCCAACCGGCAAAGCGCUCUCGCAGCCCUCCGCCGAAGCGGGGGAGUGGCAGCAGAUCGCCCCCCGCCGCCGACCAAGCGAAUAAUAAGCCGAAAAGUUUGACUGUUCCGUCGCGUUCCCGCUCUGCUAGUAGUGGAGAAUAGUUUUUGAGUGUGUGGUUGUGAGCAGGGGGUUGCUUGUGUGUGGGUUAUGUACAUUUCGGGGUCUGUAUUCUGAGCACUAUGUUUAGGUUGUUGGAGUCGAUUCACACGAGACAAUUUCCUGAUAUCAAAACAUGCAGCAAAUGUCAGCGCCUCCUUAACAAUGAACCAUUUGAAAAUGUUUUCCUUAGAAGUAAGUAGGCCUGGUAUUCGGUCCAGUUUCAUAUUUAUAAAGUAAAAAUAUGAAUUGACAUUUUUAAAUAUCCCUCCAGACAAACUGAUGGGUAAAUAUUAACAUUGUUCAUUGCAAAGAGCUGUUAUUUGCUGCAUUAAAGGCGACAUUAACCUGGAAUUUUGUACAGAUUCUUGUUUUGGUAUAAUUUUCUUUUGUGAAUAUGCCAGUAGAUAUUUGACAUGUACGUCAGUGGAUGCGUUUGUGCAUCGCAUGCACAUAACUCCUUGAGUUAUUGCCGUCGCAUUUUUUAUUAACACAAUGUUAUUUGUGUAUAUUUUCAUUUAUGAAUAAAAGUGCAUGCGUCAACUGUAAAAAGUUAACCUUGCCUCUCUGGUCCUGUUAAUUAUUAAGUCUUGUAGUUUUAUAAUUUUGAUUUACAAAAUGUUAAUAAAGUCAAUUACAUUCCU